AUGUCUGAAGUUUUGAAAAAGCAUUAUGAUGGAGAUGUUUCCGAUCUGGAAUUCACUUAUUCUUAUGCUGAAGAUUGUCUAGGUCAAGUGAUUAUACAUGAUCUCUGUCCUGGUGGCCGUCAAAUUUCUGUAACGAAUGAUGUCAAAAUAAGUUACGUUCAUAGCGUUGCUCACUUUCGAAUGUAUAAACAAAUUAGAGCACAGACUGCUUCUUUUAUACGGGGAUUUUAUUCUAUACUAAAUCCUGAUUGGUUGGCUAUGUUUUCUCCAUCAGAAUUACAAACACUUAUCUCAGGUGAUAGUAGUUCAAUGGAUAUUGAUGAUUUAAAACAACAUACACGUUAUUCGGGUGGAUUUCACAGUAAUCAUCGUGUAAUUCGGUGGUUAUGGGAUAUUCUUAGGCGUGAUUUCGACGAUAGAGAACGUAGUUUAUUCUUGAAGUUUGUUACCAGUUGUUCUAGGCCACCGCUUUUGGGGUUCGCUAAUCUUGAACCACCAUUUUGUAUACGUUGUGUACAUUAUACUAAUGAAGAUCAAGAUGUCGGUGAUACUCUAGGAUCAGUACUGAAAGGAUUUCUGGGGGUUGUUGGUCGCCGUGAAGAAGUAUCUCGCUUACCAACUGCGUCUACUUGUUUUAAUCUUUUAAAAUUACCUAAUUACUCGUCUCGUAGUGCAUUGAAAGAAAAGUUAAGAUAUGCCAUAAAUAGUCAUGCUGGAUUUGAACUAUCGUAG